AUGCAUAAAGAAAUUUUGAGCGACCUCACCGAGUUGGCGCACUUGAAGCAGUUGUGCAAAAAGAAGCCGGACCUUUUAGCCACCCUGCAGUCAUGCAAGGCAAAGGAAUAUGAGGAGAUAUGGCUCAGCUUGCUCAAGGCAUUGGAGGAGCGCACCCCUCCAGACAAGCUCAUUUACGACGCGGAGAAUUCGACUUUGCUCUUUAGGGAAGAAAACGACCGGCAGUAUCUCCUGACAUGCAUCAGUUUCACCUCUAUAUAUUUACAACACUUGGCGAAUAAUAACAAGAAGGGGAAGAAGUGCAUCAAGUUGGAUGGCAAUUUUUACGCCCUUUUUUGCAAGCUCAUUGAGCUUCAACUCAUGCUGAGCGACAGAGAAGUGCGCAUGUCCUUCGGGAAAUGCCUCUUCCAAUUGUGCGAACUGAAUUUGGAGGAAAAUGAUUUUUCGGCUCACGUGAAAGUCCAUCUGUUGAUAUUUCUGUUGUGGAAGACUUGUUCCUCGGAGGGCAAAAGCGCAGACGUCAGUAAACUCAAAAAGAACAAAGACUUGUGCGCCUGUGUAAAAUGGGGAGUUCCCGAAAAAUCCACCAACUCGUUUUACCUCCUCUGCUCCUACUCACUCAACCUGCCCAAGUUUUACGCGCACCCUGAUGGGAAAUUCUUUCUGGCGCACGUUUGGUCUCAACACGAAAGUAUAGCGUCUCACCUUUUUAACAAAUUCGUGCACAACACGGUGGUCCUCUCGCACGACAACAUCAGUCACUAUUCGCAAAUUAUCCAUUCGACGUGGAAGAACUGCGAAGGAAUGAUGAAGGAGACACUGGAGAUGCAAAUUGAGCACCUCGUCAACUUGGCCUUAAAGUGUCCCAUUAAAGUCGCGGCGCGAUUCAGAAACGUACUGAGCAUCUUCCACAACAAUAAGGGGGACAAGGGCAUCAACAAUUUGAUCUUCAAGAUUUACGAACCCAUUAUUUGGAGGAGCCUCAUGGACCCCUGCAUAAAGAACGUGAAUUACCUGGCCUCGAUGGAGAAGUAG